UCUUUUUAUACAGUUUCAAAUCAUAUGACGUAAGGGUGGUCGCUGGAUUUGAUCCAGAUCAGAAAUUAGUGAACUUGAAAGAAAAGCAUGUGUAUAUUUUUGUAAUUUUGUUUUACUAUAAAAGCUUUCAUCAACGAAUGACAACGCCUGUAGGGUCCAUACGGCCCUUAAAUUGUUGCACUGAUACAGUAAACGCAGUUUGUGAAGUGAGAAACUAAGCUGAAGACACUCAGGAAUCACAAAUUAUUUACAAGAAUCACUGUGUUAUUCUUCCAGUGAGGAAAUCUGAUUUUCAGUAUGAAGUUACCAGUUGCACUGCUGUUGAUAGCGGGUAUAUCCAUUACACAAGUCCAAGGAUCUAAGAAGGUAUUCUGCUACUAUAGCAGCUUUACACAGACCCGGCCAGGCGUUGGUGAAUUCUUACCCGAAAAUAUCGAUCCCUCUUUAUGUACUCACGUCAUAUAUGCAUUCGUUGACAUAUCUGAUGAUGGUCGUAACCUGACACCUUUUAACUGGAACGACAUUACACCUGGAACAGGUCUUUACGCUCGGACAUUAGCACUGAAAAGAAAGAACCCCAAAUUAAAGGUCCUAUUGGCUGUGGGUGGCUGGAUUAUUGGUUCCGAGCCUUUUAUACCUAUGGUAGCCAGUUCUAAAAACCGCCGCAUUUGGAUAGAAAAUGUCAUCAAAUAUUUACGCAAAAGAGACUCGCCUAAGGGGCUAUAUACAGCUUUUGAAUCUGAAGCAGAGAAGACAGGACAAGAUAAAUUACUGCUUACUUUAGCUACAGCUUCUGGAUCAUACUAUAUCAACAAAUCUUAUGAACCCCAUAAAAUUAUCAACUAUGUCGAUUAUAUGUUGCUGAUGACCUAUAACUACCAUGGUCAAUGGGAGAAAGUAACUGGACAUCACAGUGGAAUGUGGCGGCAUCACAAAGAUCCACCCGGAGAAAAGAGUGAACUGAACACGAUGCACAAAAGCGUGAAACAUUUAAAUACUCUUCAUAAUGAAUGUGUGGUUGAACAAGCACGUAAUAUUGUAAAGAAUAAUUUUGCUGGUGCAUUCGUAUGGUCUUUGGAAAUGGACGAUUUCAGUGGGUCUUGCAACGAGGGUAAGUCUCCAUUGAUGAAUACAAUACGAAAUGUGCUGCAACCCUACGGUCCGAGCAGGGUAGAGAUUUCAUGGGGACAGAAGUCAAGCAUUGGAAGAAUACAUGUUACAGGCAGACACAGAAGUUCAAAUCGACCAAGAAUAACUGUUAAACCGAAGCCUGCUUGGAAAGAGAAACCGACAUGGAAGCCAAGACCAACAUGGUUUAAACAAACGAAAAAACUUAAAUAUGCAACACGAAACAAACUGGUGAUCAAGCCUACGAAGCAGCCAUCAGCAGCUGGAAGUGUCGACUGUUCUAAAUUAGGCGAGGGUAUUUACCUUGAUCCAACAUCUUGUGAACAUUUCGUCCAUUGCAUCUAUGGUGGAGGACAUUCGUAUUAUUCAGUGAAAAUGAAAUGCCCAGAAGGAACGUUGUUUGACCGUGACUUAGGAAUCUGCAACCAUCGUACGAAUGUUAUAUGUUGAAAGCGGUCGAAGCCAAUACAGGAAAUGGUCGCCUGCAUAUUAGUAUACAGAGAAAGCAUAUCAACUGGUUAAACAUUUAUAAUGGCUAAUAAUAAUAAUAAUAAUAAUAAUAAUAAUAGUUAAAACGCGAAAAUUAAUUAUAAUA